CGUAGCGCGCGCUGAUUAUUAGAUUCAGGCGGGAAAUUAAUUAGCAGCCUCUGAGUGCUAGAAAGUCUUUUUGAAAUUUGUCCGUUUGUGUUUAUAUAUUUAUCUUCAAGUUAUGUGUUGUUAAUCUGGAGACAAAUCUCUUGAGCAGCGGUCUAGAAGAAAUGAACAAGUGGCUGAAAUGGAGUCCGAACGCGGUUUUGUAAGUAUGAAGACCAAGACUUUAAUGUCUGACUUGAAGUCCAAAUAUGCUGACAAAUCUUGGAAUGAGACCGUUCAGCUGGUCCGGAGAUGUAUGGAAAAAACAAAAGGAGACGACAGAGCUUGUGAGCCGAUCACUACAUGUCUUCAGAAGAUCAACGAGGCGCUCAACGUGUCCUCAUUGACAGCAAUGGUGUCCAGACUCGAGAUGAUUGCCAGACAAAAAGGAUUGGGGUCACAUAUGAGUCCCACAGAGACUGUGUGUUACCUGACAGCAGACCUGUUUUACAUCGAGGUGGUGCUGCUGUCGGGGGGACGAGUGGAAGAUGUGAGGGUGGCCCAUCAUGGUGAAGCUCCUGUGUCCAGCCCAUCACUCCUUCAGUUGUUAAGGAUGAAGAAAUUUGAAGAGUUCUCUCUAAAGUUGGACGACCUUGCUUCUUUUUACAACAUCCCAGGAGACAGUGAUGUCAAGAUUAAAAUCUACACCUCUCUUCGGCACCUGGAAACCGACCUCUUCAAAAUAUCCCAUUUACCAAGUGCCUCCUCUAGGUCUUUGAGAGAAAGUGACCUUCACGUUGACCUCAUUAUGAACGGCAGGAUUGGAAACGUCCGGUCGGGCAAAGAGGGAUCUCCACUGACAAUCAAGUACUACGUUAGUCCAUUAGAUGUGCUUAUGGGGUUGUCAAGCACAGAUGAGGUUAGCAGUGGCCAGGUUGCUCUGGUAACAGUGGGAAGCAGUGACGCCUCUCACAAGCUGCAGAUGGAAUCGCUGAUCUCUUCUCCACCUCAGGUCGACUCUUUCGGGUUUCCAGUGUUUCAGCCGCUCACUGAAUCCUGCUCAGAAUUACUCCCAGCCACCUUUCUUCUCAAACUACAGCCACCGUUACCCAUGCUUAUUUCCUUUAUAGAGAAAAUGGGCGAAAUCACAGGUGGUGUUGUAGCUGAGAAACCCCAGCAGGUGGAGCCUCUACCUCAACUUCUCAUGAAGACCUGCAAACUGCUGAACUCAAAGAUCUGGACUGAAGGGGUUCAGUUUGUUGUGCCUUUGCCCGCCUCGGAGUACCACAGUUAUGUGUUCCCUGGGGCCGAAUGGGGCCGAGAGUCCUGGAAAGGGGCCUUAAUUCACACAGUCCCCUUCACACACCCUGGCCACGUCCCUGCCUUACUGGAUAUCCUUCGCCAUCAGUCUGCCAUCAACGUCCUGCUGGCAAGCUGUUUCAGUAACCACAACCACCACAUAGAUGCUGGCUUGCUGUAUGACCUGAGAUGUGAGAUCCUUCCAGAAUCAGACCACAGCCUUUCUGUUACAUUCAGCAUUGAUGAUGAUAACCACCUGGCUGUUCUUCAGGUGACGGUGGUGGAUUCUCAUCAGAUGAGCUGCAGGCUUCUGAUGCCUGAUUUUGUGGAUCAUAAAUUGGACGACUACAUUUCCAGAGUCCUUAUGCGAUGCAUGUCCAUCCCUAUUACGAUGAGGGCCAUACGCAGGAAAGUGGCUGGCCGGACGUUACCUCUAGCCGACAGAGAAUCCUCUGUUGCGAUGGAGAGCACCUUGCCUCCCCACUCUGAUCAGUCUGUUCCCGAUAUCAUCAGUGCUGUCUACCCAUCUGCCUCUGUUUCCCAUGAGGCUGUUAAGGAUGAGAGCAUGGCUUCUCCUCCAGGCUACUAUGUUAUGUCUGUUGCUGCCCCAGUGGCUGAUAAUGCGAAUACAGAUGUUGUUGCUAACCGUUCCCCCUGUGCUUCUCUGGGUGUCUAUUCACAUUGGGCGACCAGCGGACUUCCUGCAGAGCUUCUAUAGUAUGAGAAGAGAUUUUAUAAGAGUAUUUUAAGAGAUUUCUCACUAUUUUAAACAAAUCUUAAAUAAAGAUGUUAUAUUAAAGCUUAUAGAAAGCGGUUUAUCCCAUGAAU